AUGACCGAGGCAAAAACACGUUCACUGGAGCGACCGAGGCGACUUGUUCAGCCAAAUGUGAACAUCCGUCGAUGCAAAAGUUUGUUGAGAGGUACAGCAAAUCUGCAGCCUGAAAGCCAAUUGACUGAAACGAGCGAAGCUGAUGCCUAUCGCCCAUCCGGUAAUCUCAGUAGCACCGGGACUAUCACCAGAUCACAGCUGACUAUAAAGCCCCAACGUCUGUAUCAGCUGAGAAAUGAGAACCCGAACAGCUCCGAAAAAUCCAGUCGCCUUCCUGGAAGUAUCCCUGGGAUUUCACAUCUCCCUACCUCUUCCUCAUCAGUGCCACUGGUGCAUGAAACUGCUGUUCCGUCAUCUGGAAUUCAUAAAACUAUAUCAGUCACAGGUGAAUUCAAACAAAAUUCAGCAAUACUCACAACAAAUAAGACUAAUUCAGGAGCAAAAAAACUUUUACGCGGUGUGAAUUCGAAUCCGUUCCUAGUGAGUACCACUCGUCCUCUCCUUUGUGAGAGUCGAAAUUCACCUUGUGCUGUUGCGGUUCCGACCACAAUGCCACUACGUGCUAUUCAAGCAGUUGUUCGAGAUAACGACUCCAUAAUCACGAAAGCGAAAGAACCAUCGUCGCCUUAUAGAUGCGCCAGUAUUCCAGAAAAAGCAAAUGUUGAUAUUGAUUGGGAGGUGCCGAAACCUGGUUUCAAGAGUCGAUUCGUAACAGUGCCUACGUCUGAAGCCCCAGCUAUUCCAGUCCCAAAAGCAGCAAGGCCCAGAAGAUCAACAGUGGCUUGUCUCGCAACUACCGAUUAUCUUUCUGCUGAAGAUCGUUGGAAUCCUCUCUUGACCGUUGAGAAAACUUGUAGAUUUCCGAAGUCUCCAUGCAGUUCCAUCCCCAACGGAAGCAGUUCACUAAAACGUAAAAUCGCAAAAGAACUACCAAAAAAAUCGUGGUUUAGCUCGUCGGUAGAUGGGCCACCAGUGGAAUUACAAACUGCUAAUAGUUGCUGUCCAGUCCGUGAAACUGCAAUUGAUGAUGAUCUGCCAUCGACGAAGCAGUCGCUGUACUGUACCAGC